CCUCUCUCACCAAACGACUGUAAUCCUUUGUACCCCAUCCUACCGUAAUUCCCCCACUUGCUAUUAAAAUAUUGAACAGUUAUUCCGCAACUACCCUCCUCCUUUCCAGGGUACAAUUCAACAAAGCUACCCCUUAAAUUCAAAAAUACUUUUAACCGCAGACAAUACCAAUCUCCACGCCUCAAAAUUAUCCAAAACCACCCACCGUUUUUCCAUAUUUCUCUCUGAAGAUCUGUUUUCAGGUUUUCGUUACUCUGAUCCCUCAUGGCGACGCCUCUCCCGUGCUCCUUCUCCGUCCCGAUCCGUGCUCAAUCCGCUUCCCAAUCUUCCUUCCGGAAACCCGAUCCAGGUCGUGGAAACCGUACUUCCUCCAACUGGUGGGGGCCUCUCUUCGGAUGGUCCGCCGAACCCGACUACGUCAACAACAGCAAUGCCGCUGACGCGCCUCAGAAAAAACUGGAUAUUCCGGCUCCGGAGUCUGAACAUUGCCGCCCGAGAUCCAGAUUCGCGCUCGGAUGCUUCACUGAGGAGAAGGCGAAGCGCAUGCGAAGGAAGGACAUGGAGAGCGCAUCGUUCCACGAUAUAAUGUACCACUCCGCAAUCGCGUCUCGCCUGGCGUCCGAUGUCUCGGAUCGGCUGGAGAAGUGAACUACUGUGUCUUCCGCGGCACGGUUCCGUAUUUAGAACUUGAGAUUGUGGAGACGGGACCGAGGCCAGUGGAUAGAAGUCAUAGAACCUGGGUUCUGGUCAAUGAUUUAAUUGAACCCAACAACGUUGGGUUUUUUCCUUUGGGCCCAAACGUUUUCGAUUAAUAUAAACGUUAUUCAAUU